AUGGUUGCAGUAACCGAAUAUGUGUUUACUGCAUCGCAGUAUUUUCGAGUUAUUAUAUACGGGAUGCUUAUUCUAUCUGGCAAGGUGUGCAGUGCACUGAAGAACUUAGCAGUAAUACAGCACAUAGGAGGAAAGGAGGGGGCAAAAAUAAUUCUGUUUAGCGUGUCGCAGAUGGUUCUAAGCCUUCGGGAGAUGCUUAUUUUGCCUCUAGAGAAAUACUAUAUUAAGAAGCAGGUUACAACUGUACAUAAUCAAAUUAUAGAUGUUUUGGAUGCAGAGCCAGAUGCAGAAGAAAGCAUAUCUAAGCUUCUUGUAGAGAAAGCAGCAAAAAUUAAAAUAGCCGAGUCUCGCAUCAAGUACCGCAAGAAGUAUCUCGUGUAUGGGCUGAAGUCUAUUCUUAUUGUAUAUAUGCUCUUCCAAAUGGUCUAUUAUAUUUUUGCUGCAACUCUUGUAUUUCUAGUGGCUGACGUGUGCAUUAAGCUCCGGGUGCAAAGAGAGGAGGAAGAAAUUGCGCAUAUUAUAUGCGAAUAUGAUGUAAAGCAGGACCACAUGUAUAGGUCCCUUCGUUAUUUGGAAAAGCCUGCAGAGCAGUCCCCGACACACAGAGAAAAAGAAAGCAUAGUAACGAAGGUUUUGGCAGAGCACAAAAAGAGCUAUCAGGAAUAUCUGGUCCAGCAUAUUCAGGCAACAUUUAUACGAUCUGGAUGGAUAGUUCUGGGCUGUAUUCUAUUUCAGCUUUAUUUCGCAGGAUCUGUGCAUCUUUUGCAGAUAAGUGGAAAGAACACAGAUUUAUUCAUUGUUAUUUACAAAAAGAUAGAAAAGCUAAGCAAUGGCUUUAUAAAAUUCCUAUGA